AUGGAUUGCAGUGAGAGAAAGGAGAAGAUUUUGGCGAAUUUGAAAGAGUCGUCGUUGGUGGUGGCACGAGGAGCACCCCCGAUUUCUCACUUAUUCUUCGCAGAUGAUAGUCUCUUGUUUAUUAAAGCUAAUCAGUAUGAGGCAGCCGAGAUUAAAAAUUGUUUGGCCAGGUAUGAAGCUCUCUCAGGACAGAUGGUGAAUUACCAUAAGUCUAGUAUUUGCUAUAGUAAGAAUACUGGUAGUGGAGACAGGGAGAUGGUGGCGCAGAUCCUGGGCGUUGUCCAAGCUCCGAAUUUUGGGAAAUAUCUAGGUCUAUCGGCUUUCAUAGGAAGAAAUAAAAAGGCAGCUUUUGCAUAUAUUGAGGAUAAGAUCAGGCAAAGAAUUGACUCGUGGAAUAAGAAACUCUUAACGCAGGCAGGAAAAGAUAUAUUAUUGAAAAGUGUAGCUCAGGACCGGGGUAUUCAUUGGAAGGCAUGGGAUAGACUGUGUAUACCCAAGAAAUAUGGUGGCCUAGGUUUCAAAGAUCUGAAGGCAUUUAAUUUGGCUAUGUUGGGGAAGCAGGCUUGA